AACUUUUUGGGACAAUUAUUCAGUGCGCCAGGCGUGGGUAUCGCCCUCUGAAUGGACAGCUUCCCGGAGCCUGCCUUUCAUUGGUAGGUGUGUUACUGCUUACGAUCUGACUGCAUCUUCCACCCCCCCCCCCCCCGAGAUAGCACUUGUAUAAAUGUGACCGUGCAGCCCAGAAAGUGACACACACACACACACUUGCAAACUCACUCUCUCACUCUCUUAAAUGCACGUUUGAGCCUCCACAAGAAAGUCACAGGCGGGUAAGGGAAGCCUCCCUUGAAUCAUCGACUCGGCGCAGCGAUGUUGCACAGAUCAGUUGUAUUCGCCUUCCUCGUGUUCAUUCAGCUCGGGAGCUGGUCGGCUGCAGAUGAAAUCGCUCCACAAGUUGAGGAGCAGAGCGAUCCAGCAGCAUCUCGAAGGACCAGGCUGUCGGCGCAGAACUCAGCUGAAAUCAUCCGGUGCCUGAACAAUGCUCUCCACGUGGGCUGCGGGGCAUUUGUGUGCCUGGAGAAUUCGACCUGUGACACUGACGGCAUGUACGAUAUCUGCAGAUCCUUUCUGUACAGUGCUGCUAAAUUCGACACUCAGGGAAAAGCCUUCGUCAAGGACAGUUUAAAGUGCAUUGUCAACGGGAUCACAUCCAAGGUCUUCUUCACCAUUCGCAGAUGUUCCGCUUUUCAAAAGAUGAUCGCUGACAUUCAGGAGGAUUGUUACAGGAAGCUGGACAUCUGCACAAUGGCAAAACGUAAUGCCGCAGCAAUAACAGAAGUGAUUCAGCUCCCCACACGCUUAAAGAACAGGUAUUACAAUAAGCUACUGAGGAGCCUUCUGGAGUGUGACGAGGAGACAGUGAACAGCAUAAGGGAGAAUAUGAUGGCAGGUUUGGGAUCUCACCUCUCAGGCUUCAUCCACCUGCUGCAGAGUGACCGCUGUCUGACUUCACCCCACCGAGGAGGCUUUAACAGCCGCUCUUCCGCCGAGCACCAAAAGCUCCGUGUCUUUCUGAGGAAUCUCAACAGUAAUGAGGCUCCCUCUCGACUGGGCCCAAAGCCAACCUCCGGUGAGAAUGAGUGACAGCCAGAGGUGAGAGGGAAUGGAACAGGAGGCCUGUACCUGUCUGCAGAACCCAGGUGUCCCCAGUGUAACUCUUGAAACCUGUAGUGAUCAUAUCGUGGCAGCUGACAGGAAACAUGCACCCAGCUUCAGCACAAAGCUAACUGGUGAGCAGUGAGCAUUGAGGCUGAAGCUCUGAUGGGCUGGUAAAGCAUUUGCAAACACCUCCAGAGAAUACAAACCAAUUCAGGCUUAGCUUGUGUCCAGUCCAGGUCAGAUUUUCCUGGCAAUGUUAGCCCUCUAUUUGAGCUGCUCAAUUCCCUCAACCCAAUAGAACCAAGGAUUGAACAUCAUUUGAGUUUUAUGAAUUAAUGACCAUUCUUGACACAAACCAAGCUAUAUGUUGACAGCCUUUGCAAAUGAUCACAAGAUAUUUCCCCAGUCUGGUAUCGUGACAUGGUUGUUAGCAGGUUUCUUCCUAAUAAGUUAUUACCUCAGAUAGAAGAAUGUCACAUUAAGCAAUAGAACCAACAAUCCAUUCUGGGCUCAAGUAUAGGCUUGGAGGCCUCCCCAAGGUGGCAGAACAUAGUGGUGUGACAUUUAGAUUCAGUGUUCAUGCUGUUCUGGGAAAAUCUCUCUGAAGGCUUAUCUCACCAAGGGGACUGUUGAUUUAGCUCUCUGCAACAGGCAGGUGUUGUCAUACAUCAUUCAGUCUGUUAGAUCACCAAAGACAGAAAAAUUUGAUUAAGAAUCAAACCAUUAUCAGAGACCAGGUAAUACAAUCUAGUCGCAAACUUAUUUUCAAACCACUUCACAUUAAGAGACUGCAAGCUUAUAGUCUUAAUCACUGAGGACAAGUUCAGAUGCCUAAAUGUCUCAGUUUAGCAGUAGAAGUGGCAUGGGAAGUGGUAACAUUACACUGAGCCUCACAGUUAAGGCACAUUACAAGCCUGGAGUUACGGUAGCUGUCACAAUCAAGUUCCACAUUUUGUUGCCUGAUAGGGAUACUGUGGUUAGUAAAGUUGACCCAGAAAUAGUGGUGCAGCAUACAAAACACUGGAGGAACUCAGCAGUACAGUCAACAUCUAUGGAGAGAGAUGGACAGUCGACAUUUCGAGUCGAGACCCUUCAUGUGACCUAUGUCUCCAGAAAUAGUGGUUUUGAUUAUUAAUGCAUCAUUUUCUCCAAUUGUAAUUCACUGUGGCUGUGUUUUUUAAAUAAGCAUCCCAUCACCAGCACCACUAUCUUACAAAUCUCCUUCAAUUGUCCUUCUAAAUAAAAUAAAAUAUUCUUGUAAGUUGCACACACGUUCUGUCCAUUGAAAGACUGGGGUUGACCUAAUGCACCUGUCCAAGAUGUGAAAGUGAUUCAUCAGGAGAGAGGUGGAGGGAGAGACAGAGAGAGAUACUGUCUGCUCUGGUAAAUAGAGUCCAGAUAAAAGGGUCUUAACUUUGAUAUUAAUAUGGACUGUCUCAUAUUUUAGCAGCAAAUUAUACAGAGGUAUUCACAAUAGCACUAAUUAGGGAAGAAAGAUGUUUCACCAUAUUCUGGCUUCAGACCGAGGUGACGACUUAUCUUGCAGAAAUUAAUGAGCAGGGAGAAUGUAUCUGGAUGGAGUUGAGUGCCAUGAACGUAUUGCAGCAUGGGCUUUCAAUUGUGCCAACACUUGGCACUCAAAUUCCUUCAGACCCCCAUCCAUUGUAUCCCAGCCCAGGAGACAAAAGGUUAUCAUAAUGUUGCUGGCUAUCAGAUUCCCGGGAGAGAGCACCAGAGCCAACCGGAAAACCAUGCCAGGGACUGACAAUUCAGGAUCUUCCCGUUAUACAUUGACAGAGACUGAGAACUUGAAGGGCCCUCGAGCAACAACCUAGCACGAAAUGGGAGCUCUUGAAAUAUUGGAGCUUCUGGGAGCUCACUUACUUGAGUAGAUACAAGGAGAAUGUUUGUCCUGGUUGAGGAGUCUAGAUCUUGGGACCACAGAUUCAAAAUAAGAAGUUGGUGAUUUAGGAUGGAGAUGAGGAGAAAUUUCUUCAUUUGAAGGUCCUGAAUCUUUGGAUUUCCCUGCACCAGAGGGCAGUGGAGGGUCAGUCAUUGAUUGCAUUCACAACAGUGAUUAAUAGAUUUCUGGACAUUGAAUGGAUAGAUAGGUGGUGGGCCAGGAAAAUGGAGUUGAGUUGGUGGAAUGUGCUUGAGUGGCCAGAUACACAGAUGAUGAAAUUGCCCCUGGCCCCAGAGGCAAGAAGGUAGAAUGAGAGAGUGCAGGAAAGAUUUACGAGGAUGUUGCCAGGACUUGAGGGCCUGAGUUAUAGGGAGAGGUUGGCCAGGCUAGGUCUUUAUUCUUUGGAAUGUAGGAGAAUGAGGGGAGACCUUAUAAAAGUGUUUAAAAUUACGAGCGGCAUAGAUAAGGUGGAUGGUAACAGUCUUUUCCCCAGGGUAGGGGAGUCCAAAACUAGGAGACAUAGGUGUAGGGUGAGAGGGGAAAGACUUAAAAGGGACCUGAGGGACAACUUUUUCACGCAGAGGGUGGUGAGUGUAUGGAACAAGCUGCCAGAGGAAGUGGGUGAGGCAGGUACAACAGUAUCAUUUAAGAAGCACUUGGAUAGGUACAUGGAGGGUCGGGGCUUAGAGGGAUAUGGGCUGAAUGCAGGAAAUUGGGACUAGCUGGGUGGGCACCGUGGUCGGCAUGGACGGUUGGGCCGAAGGGCCUGUAUCCCUGCUGUAUUGCUCUAUGACACUAUCUGAAGCCUUGUGUCAACAAAGUGAUCACCAAUGCUAUGUAAUUGUUCCAAUUUCAAAGUUUAAAUGAAAUUAAUUGCCCAUGCUCACCUUUUUUUGGGAUAUGGAAGCCGCCUUGGUUUGCAGUCCAGACUGGGGUAAUAUCCUUUACAAAAAAUAACAACCAUUAUUUCAAGUUUCUUCCUGUCAGCUGACCAACAGAAUGACAACUGCCAGGGACCAGUGAGGAGCCAUCCAUGAAUAUCUUGUUGUUUUAUUAGCAGACGGAAACACACUGAUAACUGGCUAACCCCACCAGACGUGGCCAUGCAGUUUGAGGGGGAUGUUAGUCCCUGCAAAGCUCCAUCCAUGGUCCAUUCAGCUCGUUGCUGUUUGCAGGAUAUUCUAGUAUGGAUCAAGGGGCCGAACAACAGCAUUUCCUGUGCUUCAGUCUAUAAUUGUCCUGGCUUUUUCUCAGUUGAAGAGAUGCAAUCAGGUGCUUGAUAAAUACAAGCAUCUCUUGUUUUUCUAAAAGUAUUAUCAUUUAGCUGCAUUAAAACAAAGCAAAUCAUCCCAUUUACCUACCCAAUUCCAAUGUGAAAAUUAUGGAUGGCCCCUAACUAACUGAGACACCAACUUGUCAGGUAGAGUCCAAACACAUUUCUAUAAUGAUAUUAUAUGUUAUUUAUUUUUAAUUCCAAACAAGAUAUUCCUUUCUUGUGCCUUGUUUCUCGAUGCAGAAGCUGCACGAUUUUAUUUUCCUGUGGGUCAGUGUUUUGCACUCAAGGCUUCCUGAAUGUUGUCUGUUUUGUAACUGUAUGUUUGUAACUUAAAUAUUAAAGUUAUAAUUACAUUCAUUAAUAUGGCAAAUAAAUUUGUGAUGGUUUAAUCACA